CUUCCGUACUUUUCGAACUUCAUCGUCACGAUUCAGAUCGGACAACCACGAAAGUCGAAACAUUUCACUUGCCCUUAAACAUCCUAUCUUCAGCGAAUUAAGGAGACAUGGGGGGCAAGUCUGCUACCAAGGCCGCUUACUUCGAGAAGCUCAAGGCCCUUCUCGAUGAGUACAAGACGGUCUUCAUUGUCGGUGUCGACAAUGUCAGCUCUCAGCAGAUGCACGAGAUUCGUCUGAGUCUCCGUGGCGAGGGUGUCGUCCUGAUGGGUAAGAACACCAUGGUUCGCCGUGCCAUCAAGGGCUUCGUCAACGACAACCCCGAGUACGAGCGUCUGCUCCCCUUCGUCAAGGGUAACGUUGGUUUCAUCUUCACCAACGGUGACCUCAAGUCCACCAAGGAGAAGAUCCUGGCCAACCGUGUCGCUGCUCCCGCUCGUGCCGGUGCCAUCGCCCCUGGCGAUGUCUGGAUUCCCGCCGGUAACACCGGUAUGGAACCCGGUAAGACCUCUUUCUUCCAGGCUCUCGGUGUCCCCACCAAGAUUGCUCGUGGUACCAUUGAAAUUACCACCGACCUCAAGCUCGUUGAGGCUGGAAGCAAGGUCGGUCCCUCUGAGGCCACCCUGUUGAACAUGCUCAACAUCUCUCCCUUCACCUAUGGUAUGACCAUCCAGCAGGUCUACGACCAGGGUCAGUGCUUCAGCUCUGCUGUUCUGGACAUUGAGGAGUCUCAGCUCCUCGAGGCCUUCUCCAGCGCCAUUAACACCAUCACCACCAUCUCCCUGGCUGUUAACUACCCCACUCUCCCCGCUGUCAUGCACUCCCUGGUCAACAGCUACAAGAAGGUUCUUGCCGUUGCUGUUGAGACCGAGUACAGCUGGCCCGAGAUUGAGGAGCUCAAGGACCGUAUUGCCAACCCUGACGCUUACGCCUCCGCUGCUCCUGCCGCUGCCGCUGCCCCUGCUGCCGGUGGUGCUCCCGCCGCUGAGGCUCCCAAGGAGGAAGAGGAGGAGUCCGACGAGGACAUGGGCUUCGGCCUCUUCGACUAAACGUCUCGUGUCAAUGUUUCACGGGAUACGACUGCCAUGUAUUAGAUACUUUUCUUGCCGGUCUUGACGAUUGGGUAAAUGAAAAUGAUUGUCAUGGUCAUGAAACAAUGAUCUUCUUUCAUCUAGAUAGGGACGUAGUCACGUUCCCUGAUCUGAUGAACUGAAAAAGGUGAGCUUUCAACAAUCCUUUGGUUUUUCUAGCUUCGCAUAUAUGCCCACUCCCCGGUGAUAUGAUGAUACAUUUUUAACCCAGAGCUACUUGCUUUGACGAACAAAAACAGCAACAACAAACACUCUAAUUU